AUGUCGCUUUAUCCAUUCUUCGGACCACGACCAAUGCUCUCCGCGAUGCGCGAAAUGAUGCGCGACAUGAUCGCCAUGCAGCGUCAUUUCGAGCCAAUGGUAUUUCAUGGAGCAUCGGCCGCCGCGCAGAACGAGGUCUUCAAGUAUGACAAUGACAAGUUCACUGUAAAUCUGGCCGUCUCGGAGUUCAAGCCGGACGAGCUCAAAAUCGAUGUGAACGGCCGACAACUCAAGAUUGAGGGCAAUCAGAAGAUCGAGAAUGAGAAUGGCUUCUCGCAUCGAUCAUUCUCGCGUGUUGUGCUCCUUCCGGAUGACGUCGACACAUCAGCGAUCGUCUCGAAUCUCUCGAACGAUGGCCGAUUAUCGAUCGAGGCGCCGAGAAUUGCCAAGAAGGAGGGGACGAGCAUCCCGAUAAACGUGAAUCCAGCUGUCACAGAGAAGGCCAAACCGGAGGCUUAA